UGAUUUCUCCCGUAGCAAGAAAACUUCCGGAAAAAUGGGUCCAACGUGUUUUAACUAAUUUAACUUAUUUGUAUUGAUUAUGGAUGGUGACCUUGAGAAGGCCACUGCUUUGUUGCAGGACAUUCAAGCUAAAUGUCAAGACUCCACUAAUCAUGUCAAUGAUCUCUGCAAACGAGCCGUGGCUUGGGAGUUCAACACAUCCAAGGGAAUCAGUUUCCUGGAGGUGAAGUAUCAGAUGUUGCUAAGCUACCUCGUCAACCUCACGUAUCUCAUGUUACGGAAGGCCGGUGGGCAGAGUAUCCAUGGAGACGAGACUGUUCUCAGACUGGUUGAGAUAAGAACUGUAUUGGAAAAGAUGCGACCAAUUGAUCAGAAGUUGAAAUAUCAGGUGGAUAAGGUAGUAAGGCUGGCUGCAACUGGUGGGGCAGCCUCAGAUGACCCAAUGAGAUUCAAGGCCAACCCUGACAGUCUCGAAAGCAAGCUUGCGAGUGACUCGGAGGAAGGCAGUGACUCGGAAGACGAUGACGACCAGUCCAGCAAGCUGUACAAGCCUCCCAAACUUGCUGCAGUGCAUUAUGACGGAGAUGAGACAGUAUUGGAGAAGAAACAGAAGCAGGUGGAGAGUCAGAGGAAGAGGGCCCUGAGUAGCGCAAUCCUGCAGGACCUCAAGGAGCAGUACCAUGAUGGGCCCACCGAAAUACGGGAAGCUAAAGACAUGCACCGGUUGAAGGCAACUAAAAUGAUGAUGGAAAAAGAAAGAUAUGAGGAAGACAACUUCAUGAGGUUACCGAUGUCAAAGAAAGAAAGGCAAAACCAGAAGCAGUUAGCGGGCAUGUCAUCCCUGAACUCUGUGACCUAUUUCGGCAGUUUCAAUCCCCUGGACCUGGAAGAAGGUGGUGGUGAGGGAUUUUCAAACAAAAGAAGAAAAAUGGAUAAGAGCAAAGGAAAGAGUAAAAAGGGAGGAAAGAAGAAAGGAUUUAAGAAAAAGCGUAGGCACUGAAGAGAGUUGGUUUAUUGAUAUCAGUGAACUAGAGAACAGAUUGAUACCAAGACAGUUGGUAUGGGACAUGGUGGUUAAGGACACUUCGAAUAUCUUUAAAAGAAAUACUAUUGUUAUGUUGUACAUCCAUUUAUUUUUGAAGACAUGAAAUUUCAUCGAAUCAUAAAGCUGUCAUAUUUCUUUCCAAAUUAAGUUUAUGGAUGUGUUUAUAACAUCUGAUAUAAGACUUUGGCCUUAUCUGAUAUAAGACUUUGGCCUUGAAUGUUCGUUGGGCAUUUGAUUUCUUGGUUCAGAGGACCAACUCAAGUCCUCAUAAAUUAGUACAACACAACAUGGCUAUAAAUGAGCUCAGAAUAUAAAGCGUGGAUCCGUUUAUAACAUGGUCUUCUGGCUUGGAACACUUCAUCCUCUUUAUAUUAGAGUUACAGUGUAUUUUGCAAAUAAUAUUUGUUUCACAAAAAUUCUGAUCCAACUCUCCUGUCAAAUUUACCCAUGCCUACCAUUCUAAACAUUUGACCAUGAAACAUUUUGUCUAGGUAAAACAUCUUAUUAAAUCUAUUUAUUCAAGAGGAAGCAAGGCUUUAAAGAAGUUAGGUAGAGAAAAAUCUGUUGUUUUCAUUCUGGAAAUAGCACUAUAAGUGAAAGAAUUUUCAUAAAGCCUGAUGAUAAUGUAAAUUAUUUGUGUUAUCACUUUAUUUGGUCUACAAUCAUCAUGAAGUAGAACAACCCAGGGUAUCAUUGAGUUGUUUUUUUCGUGGCUGAAAAGGAAAUUUGUAUUGUAAAAUGCACACAUGAUUUAAAGGCUUGACUGUGUACUUCACAGUUUUGCUAACCUGUUGCCAGUUUCUGGUUCUUAAGUCCAUAUUAUGUUAAGUUUAUUUAGUUUCUUCCUGUUUUCAUUGUCAUUGCAUAUAUAGGGACAAAGCAUUGUUUGUUUUAUAUAUGACAAGCACUUCAAUUAGUUUCUCUUAUGUUGAUGACUCAAGAACAUAGAAAGAUUGCUACGGGAAUUGAUAUUGUUAUGUUUUGCUGAUGAUAAUUUUAGUGCAAAGAACUAAGAUUUAAUUGAUCUUUACUUACGAACUGUCACUUAAGAAAUACUUUAAAAUAUAAUACAACGAUAAAGUA